UUUGCAGGGUUUCCUUGAGAUAUAUAUAUAAUCAACAUAUCUCAAUGUGAUGAUUGAAGAUGAAAGUGAAUAGAAAUCCCUCAGUGGCAGCUAAGUUUCUGAACCAAGUGCUAAUAUCAUGCUAAGGGAUGUUCAUUGUGGAGUGAGAACCAGCACACGCAGGACUAGGAAAAGGAUUUUCGUAAAUAUUGAGAAUAAAAUUCCAACAUUAUGAGCUGAUAAGUGAGAGACAGGUAAAGACAUAUCUGUGAUGUCUGCUUCUCCGACAUUUGUCGACAAAAUCGACCCUUUUGCAAAGAGGUCGAUGAAAAAGAAGCAAAAGAGAUCCCAAGGUUCAUCAAGAUAUCGAACUGGCCAGGAAGUAGAGCUUCAGCCUUUGCCUUUGAUAAAAGAUGUUCCUGCUUCAGAACAGGAAGAGCUCUUUAUCCGCAAGCUUCGUCAGUGCUCUGUCUUCUUUGACUUCAUGGACCCAGUGGCUGACUUGAAGGGCAAAGAAAUAAAGAGAGCAACUCUCAAUGAGCUUGUGGAUUACAUCACUGCAGGACGAGGGGUGCUCACUGAACCUGUGUAUCCAGAAAUAAUCAAGAUGAUAUCAUGCAACCUGUUCAGAACUCUCCCACCAAGUGACAACCCUGACUUUGAUCCUGAAGAAGAUGACCCUACUCUGGAAGCAUCAUGGCCACAUUUGCAGCUCGUGUACGAAUUCUUUCUCCGCUUCUUGGAGUCCCCUGACUUUCAGCCUGCUGUUGCCAAGAGGGUCAUUGAUCAGAAGUUUGUUCUGCAGCUUCUGGAUUUGUUUGACAGUGAAGACCCAAGAGAACGAGAUUUCCUCAAAACUGUACUCCACAGAGUCUAUGGGAAGUUUCUGGGCCUUAGAUCCUUCAUUCGGAAACAGAUCAAUCAUAUCUUUCUCAGAUUUAUCUAUGAAACAGAGAAGUUCAAUGGUGUGGCAGAGCUAUUAGAGAUCCUUGGAAGCAUCAUCAAUGGCUUCGCCUUACCAUUGAAGACAGAACACAAGCAAUUUCUAUGCAAAGUGCUGAUCCCUCUUCACAAAGUCAGGUGCUUAUCCAUGUAUCAUGCCCAGCUGGCAUACUGCAUUGUCCAAUUCUUGGAAAAGGACCCCACACUCACUGAACAGGUGAUCAAUGGGCUAUUGCGGUAUUGGCCCAAGACGUGUUCCCAGAAGGAGGUCAUGUUCCUAGGUGAAAUUGAAGAGAUCUUGGAUGUGAUUGAGCCAGCUCAGUUCCAGAAGAUUCAGAAACAGCUCUUUCAGCAGAUUUCGAGAUGCGUGUCUAGUCCACAUUUCCAAGUUGCUGAAAGGGCCCUUUAUUUCUGGAACAAUGAGUAUAUCAUGUCCCUGAUAGAAGAGAAUAAUGCUGUGAUCAUGCCCAUAAUGUUCCCCGCUCUGUAUAGAAUCUCCAAGGAACAUUGGAACCCUACAAUAGUAGCUCUAGUCUACAAUGUUCUGAAAACUUUCAUGGAGAUGAAUUCCCGCCUCUUCGAUGAACUCACAUCAUCUUAUAAAGCGGAAAGGCAAAAGGAAAAGAAGCGAGAGAAGGACAGGGAUGACCUAUGGAGGAAGCUUUCUGAGCUGGAAUUGAAUGACAGGCAACUGAAAAAGUCCAGUGCAAGCACUUCCUCGUCAAGCAAUGCCACAGUUAGGGUGGAACACCCGGUCAAAGUGGAACACCCAACUUCAUAAAUCUCCCGCAUCCUGGAUGCUAGGCACUGUUUUUUUCUCUUUGUUUUUUUCCCCUCCUCCUUCCAUCUACUUUCAACAGCACGAGUGAGGGAUCUAACUUCUGAGGAGCUGUUUCUGUGAGCAUCGACUUCUAAUUUCUUUUUCUUGCUCAUUGAUCGAUCCGAUACGAGGUGUAAUGUUUUUAGAGCUGAUGGAUUGAACUUCAAAAUAAUGCAAAGAAUUGAAUAUCAAAUGGACUGCUUUCCUCCCAUUUGUUGCUGUCAGCCUUAUAUCUGUGUUCUAUGGCUUUUUAUCAUAUCUGGGUGCCAUUCUCAAGGAAAGAGUAACUUGAGAGAUUUUGAACAUAGUUUGUCAUCACCCUUGUCAGAUUCAUGAUUGUGUCUCUUGAUUCCUUCAGUGACUUUGCACAUUACAAUCCUUUGACUAAUUUUGUCAUGAUUAAUUCUGAUUUUGGUGCUUUUAUAUUGUGGCAUUAUAAGUUUCAGCCCAGCAAGAGGAAGUGUGCUAAGUUUUUUGAUUCAUGGAUGACAAUAACUAUCCUAUGCCAUCCCUUCAUUCAAUACUGAAUCAAUUCUGCCAAGUUAUUGAACUUCUAAGUUUAUGGCUCAUUGUAAACAAGAUGGUUGAUCCUCGUGGAGUUGGGGACUGAUGCUCAUGCAAGACAGUGAUGGUCAUCAUGUUGAGGAAAAAGAUUCUACCAGGAGCACCUGUUAUAGGGUUUUCAGUCUGCAUGCUAGGCUUUUGUGCAGAGAAACCAUUUUGAUUCACCCUCCUAGGUAUUGUUUCAUUCCUGUUCUCUUUAACUAUAUGAGGUUCUCAGCUGCUGUUAGUUUGGGGGAGGAUUUUUCUUUAUAUUCUGUCUCUCUUUCCUUGUGACUCGAGUGAAAGGAUCUUUUUCCAGGAUAAGCAUAAGCAUCCAGAUGUGUUCCACACGAACAGCAAGAAAAUGUCGUUCAGGGGGAUGAGGAGAAGGCAGAGGGGAAACAUGAACUAUAUAAUGAUUGAUUCAAGGGUUUAUUUUUGUCCUUUUUUUGUCGUGAUUCAGUUGCCUCCUCCUCCUCCUUCAACCCCUGCUGCUAUUUCUGCCGGCAUUAUCCCUGUCUCUAUUGGCUGUCUUGUGUGGAAUGCUACUUAGUUUACAUUCAGUGAGAUGAGUGAAAUAAAGGAUUCAGACAACUGUUUCCAUAUGGACA